UAUUUUAUUUCCCAAGGAUGGAUGCCCCUCCACUAAAUCAGCUAACUGUGUCACGUUUUGUUAGUGUUGUGGAUGCUGUGAAUGAAUCUGCGAUGCGAUACGAUACACCCACGCAUCACAUGCAUAUGCAUAUGCGUAUAUACGCGUAGAUCUGGAGGAGUGAGUAGAACAGAGAAGAAGGAGAAAGAACAACGCAAGCGGUGUUUGUUUGUUUCAAACGCACGAGGCCAUGUCGGGAUUCAGAGACGCUCACUGUUUUCCGCGUCUUGUCCUCGUUGUGAAUCUCGUUCUCGCUCUUCUUCACGCCCUCGUUGCUUCCCUUGCCUUCUUUCAGUUGACGAGGAUUCACUUGAGAAACGCGCAGCUUGGUUUGACUCGGCAAAAAGUGUUCCAUCUGUUGAUUGGCUCUUCUAACUUAGGUUAUGUCAUUUAUUUGGCAUUGACACUUAUUGCUGCUUGCAAGGGAUGGACCUUUUGGUCACACUCUUGUGGUUUCAUGUUUAUGGCUUUCCCCAAAGUACUUUUUUUUGCAGCAUUUCUUCUACUUUUAUCCUUCUGUCUGGCUGCUGAUGGUGCUACUGUUGCUGCUACCACCGUGGACUACAAGUCUACUCUACCCACUUUGAACCAGCAGCUCCUUCAUUUCAGUAUUCGCAAUGGCAGAAAUCGGUGCAGUUAUAGCUUGCCACCACAACAUGGCGGUGGCGAUGCAGAUUUUUCAUGGCAGCCCAGUAGCAGAUUUGGGUGUAACAAAAUAGAGUUGCGGGACAAUCAUGGAAGAAGUUGCAAAGAGUGCCAAUGCAGCACCCAUGUGAAACAAAGGAGUAGCAGUCGCGCACAUCUGAAACCAACCAGUAGCAUCAGUGAGAAGAAGACUCUGGUUACACUGCUAGUUUUCAUUACCAUGAUGGCAUUUGCUUUGAUAAUCUGGAUUGGGCUAGAAAUAAUCCCAUUGAUUCUGAAGUGGCCGCCUCAGGUAUAUUUGGAUCUUUCUGCUAUUGGAAUGAUUUUGUUGGGAGGAGCAUUAGCCUGUUAUGGAAUCCUAUUAUGCUUGAAAAUGAGCAAAGUGAGAGCCGAGAAACCUUCAUCUGAAAUGUGGAAGGUUGCAGGUUUAACUAUUGUCUCUGUACUAUGCUUCACAUCAAGUUCAUGUGUAGAACUUUUAACUGACAUCCCUGUAUUAUAAUGGCAUCAGCAGCGUUGAAUGAUGCAUACACCUAUUCUUCUACUCGUUUUGUAUUAUUUUGGGGGUUCAUCAAUACCUUCAGCAGUGAUACUGUGGGUAAUGAGAGAAUUACCACCUGCAGAAGCUGCUGUCGUACCAGAAGAAUCUAGAACAAUAACUUUUGUUGCUGAUAGUUCAAUUGCAAUUCAUCAUCCUCAACGCUGGACUACGGCAACAAGCGUGCAGAAUCAGGGUGACCAUGUUAGCCUGCUUGAAAGCUGAAUUAAUCGAUCUCGAGAAAGAUUUUUUUUUGUCCAAAUCAUGCUGACUUGACUAUGGGUACAAAUGGUCGU